AUGGCCGACAUGGGCGUCCAGUCGCCGACCCGCCAAACGGCCGCCUUCCACUUCCCCUCGUCCUCGGCAUCCUCCUCCGCCGGAGGCGACGACUAUGACGACGGCGCCCCGCUGCCUUUCCCUGCUGCCCUGCCGCGUUCCGACUUCCUCGCCCCGGACUUCCACCCGGCCAAUUACCUCUCUGCCCUGCCGCACCGUCACCAGACUCUCGACGAUCUCAAAGCUGAGCUGCGGGACCGCAGCGCUUCCAUCAGCGCUGAGCUCCUCGAGCUCGUCAACGCGAAUUACACCGCUUUCUUGUCGCUGGGCAACGAGCUCCGCGGCGGAGACGAGAGGGUCGAGAAUGUGCGUGUUGCGAUGCUUGGUUUCCGGAGGGCCGUCGAGGAGAUCAAGUCGCGGGUUAGGACGAGGGGCGAGGAGGUCCAGGGGCUCAGUGGUGAGCUGAGGGAGGUAAGGAAGGGGAUUGAGGCUGGGAGGAAAAUGCUUGAGCUGGAUGAGAGAGUGUCGGCUUUGGAGGAACGACUUGCGUUGGCGAGUAUGCCGGGCAAGGCCGCCCAAGAGGAGGACGAGGACGACUGGAGCGCAAGCGACAGUGAUGAGCAGGAGGAGGACGACGACGAUGACGACGGCACCGGAGGGUUGGUGGGCAGCAGCCCGGCGAAGCUUGCUGGGUUUGCGGAGGAUUACUGCAUCAUCGAGGCCCUGGCAGAUACCAUUGGGCGGGACGUCACGUUCGUCGUCAAAACGGAGGCCCGCAUGACGAGAUGUCGGAACACUAUCCUCCUCGAUCUGGGCACGGCGAUGAAGGAGGCACGGAAGGCGGGCGUCAAGGGCCGGCCGAGAGUGGUCAAGUACCUCGGUCUAUACGGCUUGCUUGACGCCCAGGCAGAUGCGGUCAGGGCUCUCCAGAGCAGCUGA